GGCACAACAUAGGGACCUCGGCUCCUCUCUUCUUCUUGUUUCGGCUAAGAGGCUUGGGGUCUCCGAUCCCCCGCCCCCUCUUCACAAUCCUAACCCUAACCCUAACCCUAACCCUCGAUCUUAGAGGAUAUUGGAGUUGGAGCCAUGGCGACGAGGGCUCUCUCGCAGAAGGAGGAGGACAUCCAGAUGAUGCUCGCUGCCGACGUCCACCUCGGCACCAAGAACUGCGACUUCCAGAUGGAGCGUUACGUCUUUAAGAGGAGAUCCGAUGGUAUCUUCAUCAUCAACCUUGGUAAAACUAGGGAAAAGCUUCAGUUAGCAGCUAGGGUUAUUGUUGCCAUUGAAAACCCCCAAGACAUCAUUGUUCAGUCUGCUAGACCUUAUGGACAGAGAGCUGUCCUGAAAUUUGCACAAUACACUGGUGCUCAUGCCAUUGCUGGAAGGCACACACCUGGAACCUUCACUAAUCAGCUUCAAACGUCCUUUAGCGAGCCCCGUCUCCUCAUUCUCACUGAUCCUAGAACGGACCAUCAGCCAAUUAAGGAAUCUGCUCUUGGAAAUAUUCCUACUAUUGCUUUCUGUGACACUGAUUCACCAAUGCGAUAUGUUGACAUUGGAAUUCCGGCCAACAACAAGGGGAAGCUCAGUAUUGGUUGCCUUUACUGGUUGCUGGCUAGGAUGGUUCUGCAAAUGCGUGGUACUAUUGCUCCUGGGCACAAAUGGGAAGUAAUGGUAGACCUGUUUUUCUACAGGGAUCCUGAGGAGGCCAAGGAGCAGGAAGAGGAAGCUCCUGUUGCUCCUGAGUAUGGUGCUGUUGCUGAGUAUACAGGUAUGAUACCAAAUGAUCAAUGGCCUGCUGAACAAUGGGCACCUGAUAGGGGAGCUGUACCUCCUGCUGUUCCUGCAGUGCCUGGAGUCGAUUGGACUGCUACUCAAGGUGCUGUAGCUGGUGAUGGAUGGGAUGCUGCUGCGGCUCCGACCACGGACCUUCCUCCUGUUGCCCCGGAUCUUCCUCCUGUUGCCCCGGCUAAUUGGGAUGGCCAGCCUCCUCCUGCCCCCUCAGGAUGGGAGAGCUAGCAUACAAAUGGAAUACAUCUCUUUUCUCCAAAAAAACAAGGAGAGAAAAAUAUUGAAUUAGGAUUCUUUUUUUUUAAUCUAAUUUUGAGUGGCUGCCAUGAGUUUUGAUCGUGGACUGUAGAUUAAGAGUUCAUCAUGGGCAUUGCUGCUGGAGGCUUAAUUUUCUUUUUUGUUUAACUAUCCAUUGAGAUUAAAUUUCGUAGGAGGAAAAAAAAUAUUGCUUCUCUAUUUUCUA